AUGUAUGCCAAGCAGCUCCUCGCGGCCCUUUUCGUGGCCGGCGUGCGCGCCGAAGCCGCGGCGCAGUGCACGUCAGACCUACAGAUUGACAACUUUGCCAACUUUGCCAGCCUGAGCAACAGCCUGAACCAACCGGCGAGUGAUGACCAGAGCAUGGCGUCCAUCGCGGCGUCCGGCGGCAUCCUGCAGUUCACGCCCAGGGACGCCAACUCGUACUUUUACGAGACGUUCCCGUGCCAGAAGGCGCAGUCGUCGGGGUACGGCGGCCUGCAGUUCACGCUGACAUACCCGGCGGGCACGGACUUUACGCUCGAGCUGCAGACGGUGCCGGCGGCGUCGGGGGGCUGCAGCUCGUCCAACUACACGAGCGAGUGGUUUGAGAUUUCGGGCCUGACGGGGACGCAGCAGGUGGUGACGCUGGACCUGGGCGUCUACGAGGCGUCGAACCUGGACGCGAUUACGGGGCUGGUGUUUGCCAGCUUCAGCAAGGUUGGGGCCUACACGCUGAGCGAUCUCAAGUUUGUGUGCCGCAACCUUGAGGCGCGGGCGGUCCAAGGUGAGUCGGGGGGGGGAGAGGGGGUUGGUUUCGAGGCCAUACUUUUGUACCCGGUGUUCGUACGGACAAGACGUCUAACUAUUCUAGAGCCACCCGAUUUGAAGCCUAGUUCUGCACAGGCGCCGGCGACGCCCUCCGUCCAGGACGUGCCCGGGCUCUUUGACAGGAGCCGCACGGCGUCGCCGGUGGACGGGCCGUCCACGUUUGUUUCUCGUGUUUUGUCGCAGUCUGUUUCGCUUGUUUCGCCUGUUCCCGUUUCGUCUCCUUCUCGUGUCUCCUAUGCCGCCCUCACAUACCCUGCGGCGGCCUCUUCAACAGCGGCCGCCGUGCCCCCCAACGCGCACCGGCUUGAACGGCUUCGCCGGGCCGGCGCGGACGACAACCGCAGCCCUGCCCACCCCCACACCUCCAAGAUCCCCCAAACCACCAUCAUCCCCAUCGCCACGACAACGCGCAGGCCCGUGAUCAGCUCGACCACGUACCGGCCCAAGCCGACGUCGGCCGACUCGUGCACCGACCUGCUGAUCGACGACUGGGAGUCGCAGUCGCGGCUGACGUUCCUGUACUACAACUCCAUGUACCAGCCGUCGAGCGACGACGGCACGAUGAAGUCGAUUGUGGUCAACAACGACAACACGGUGUCGAUCACGCCGGUCAACACGGACUCGUACCUGUACAGCCAGAUGCCGUGCGUGGACACGGUGGACGCGUACGGCGGCGUGUCGCUCCGGAUCAAGGCGGCGCGCGGCACGCAGUUCUCGGUGCAGAUGUCGUCGGUCGACGUGUGCGGCAGCGGAAACUACACGCAGCAGCAGACGCUGUCGACGGCCGACCUGGGCUGGACGUUUGACGGCAGCCUGCGCGCGUACUCGUUCCCGCUCAGCAAGUUUGGCCGUGUCGACCCCGCCAAGGUGUCCAUGAUCUACUUCUCGUCCCUGACGGCGCCCAUCACGCUGGGGCCGAUGGCGUUUUACUGCGGCACGCGCGUGUCCGAGUUCCCGGCGCCGGCGCACCCCGUCAACCCGCAGUCGCAGUACUCGGUGCCGGCGCCGGCGGAGACGGGGUCCGCGCACACGUCGCUGCUGAUUGACCACUUUGGCAACGAGGACAGCAACGCGCUCGGCCAGUGGCACGGCUGCGACGAGGACUGCGUGACGUCGGUCAUCCAGGCCAACACGGUGCGGCUGCAGACCAACGACUCGGACCUCGCGUGGUACUCGUCGCUGGCCGACAAGUGCGCGGACAUCACGGCGUUCAAGGACGCGUACCUGCACAUUCCGUACAGCGGCAGCAACAAGUUCUCCAUCUCGCUGCAGCAGGCCAACGCGGACUGCAACCCGGACGCGGCGCCGUACCCGGAGACGUGGGACUCGCUCGAGGCCAGCCGGUACGCGACGGACACGGACAUCUACAUCCCCAUCGCGCACUUCAACGUGGACCUGAGCCGGGUCACGACGUUCGCCUUCAAGGGCUUCUACACGCUCGCGCCGACGACACUCAAGCGCAUCGAGAUCGUGCCGUCGGUGCCGGCGGACGUGACGAUCCCCAACAAGCUGCCGUCGGGCAACCUCGUGUUUGCGUGCAAGCGGCCCAACUCGUUUGCGUUUGCCAUUGACGACGGCGACCCGGCGCUCGCGCAGCAGGUCGUCGAGAUUGUCAAGUCGGAGAACAUCAACGUCACCUUCUUCACCGUCGGCCUGCCGCUCGAGGACCCGUCGACGAACCUGUCGACCGUCUACCUCGACAUGCAGGCGCGCGGCCACCAGAUUGCGCUGCACUCGUUUACGCACCCCAAGAUGGAGGGGCUCGCCGACUACGCGGCCAUCGACUGGGAGUACAACAACGACAUCGCCGCCGUCUCCAAGACGUUCAACGGCAUGCACACGCCCUACUUCCGGCCGCCGUUUGGCACCGAGGGCGCGCGCAUGCGCCAGCGGCUGGCGCUCGCGCUCAACGUGACGGACCCCUACAUUGUCAUGUGGAGCGUCGACGUCGAGGACUGGCUCUGGGGCCUGUCGUCGACGCCCGAGAAGCAGCUCGACGCCUUCAAGCGCGACCUAGGCAACGGCGGCAACCUCGUCGUCAUGCACUACCUGUACCCCAACACCGUCAAGUACCUGCGCCAGUUUAUCCAGCUGGCCAAGGCCACGGGCAAGCAGCUCAUGCGGGUGGACCAGUGCAUGAUGGAUCCGCGGGCGCCUCCAUUGUAG